GUACUGGGGCAGCGUUGCAUCAGCAGCAUCCGUCAUCAGCUCAAGGUCUCCUUCGCAGAGCAUCAUGGGGAGGACGCUGGAACCGCUGGUUCUAUCCGGGGACCGCUACAUCCCCUACAACUAAACCAACGUUGGUUCACCAUCAGCACCAUAAUAGGAGACCCACGCCAAAAAGAGGUCACGCAGAGAGCAUCUCGUUUUUCAUAGGUUGUUAGGAGCUGGACUAACUCCUCAAAGGGAAACGUGCGGAUUGUCGCGCAUCCACUCCACAAACCUGAGCUAUAUGAAACGAAUAACGAAGACAUUUGCAAGGGACUUCGUUUUAAUAGUAUUCUACCGCAUUGGUGCCAGUUGAAUCGUGGAGGGCGGGAGAGGAAUAGCACGACUGGUCACGACAGGUGAAUUGCGGCUGCAGCUUUCAAGACUGUGCGUGCUUUUCCACCUGAAGAUCUUUUCUCUUGUCCUCCUGUCCUGUUUGUCACCUUCUCAUCAAGAGCUGCUAUUUGUUAGUGAAUAUCUGUCUAUUCACUGAAGAUGGUGGAGGAGGAGAAAAAGCAGGUGACAGGAUACCUCCUGUUCUCCCUGGCCACUGCAGUCAUUGGCUCGCUGCAGUUUGGCUACAACACAGGGGUCAUUAAUGCACCUGAACAGAAACUGCGGGCCUUCUUCAAUAACACAUGGAUGGAGAGGUAUGCCGAGCCCAUCAAACCAGGAACGUGCACCAUUGUGUGGAGCUUGUCGGUGGCCAUCUUUAGUGUGGGCGGCAUGGUGGGCUCCUUCAGCGUCGGAGUGAUGGCAGACAGAUUUGGGAGGAAAUUGUCCAUGUUCCUGGUCAACAUCCUGGCUGUGUUCGGAGGCCUCCUCAUGGGUUUCUCCACCAUUUGCUCCUCCUAUGAGAUGGUCAUCGCUGGACGCCUCGUCAUUGGCCUCUUCUGCGGCCUCUUUACCGGCCUUACGCCCAUGUAUGUGGGGGAGCUGUCCCCCACCCCUCUCCGAGGCGCCUUCGGCACCUUGCACCAGCUGGGCGUAGUGAUUGGCAUCCUGGUGGCUCAGAUAUUUGGCUUGGAGUCUCUGCUGGGGUCGGACAAGCUGUGGCCUCUGCUGCUGGCACUGACGGUCAUCCCGGCCGUGCUGCAGUGUAUCCUGCUGCCCUUCUGUCCUGAGAGCCCCCGCUUCCUCCUCAUCAACCAGAACAAGGAGGAGCAGGCCCGCAAAGCCCUGGUGCGUCUGCGUGGCACAGAGGAUGUGAGUAAAGACAUGCAGGAGAUGAAGGAGGAGAGUUCCAAGAUGGCCAUGGAGAAGAAAGUGACCAUCCUCGAGCUGUUCCGCACCGCAGCCUAUCGGCAGCCGCUCCUCAUCGCCGUCAUGCUCCACCUCUCCCAGCAGCUCUCCGGAAUCAAUGCUGUGUUCUACUAUUCAACUGGUAUCUUUGAGUCAGCCGGUGUCACCCAACCCAUUUACGCCACUAUUGGAGCAGGAGCUGUUAACACUGUCUUUACAGUGGUAUCUCUCUUCCUGGUCGAGAGGGUGGGACGAAGGACUUUGCAUCUCGUCGGAUUGGCCGGAAUGGCCAUCAGUGCCCUGCUCAUGACUAUUGCCCUCCUGUUGAAGGGCUACUCGUCUCUGAGCUACCUGAGCAUUGGGGCAGUGUUUCUGUUCGUGGCCAUGUUUGAGAUGGGGCCUGGACCUAUCCCAUGGUUCAUAGUGGCAGAGCUCUUCUCCCAGGGUCCGCGGCCGGCCGCCAUAGCCGUGGCCGGCUGCUGCAACUGGACCGCCAACUUCCUGGUGGGAGUCAGCUUCCCCAAACUGGAGGAGCUGUGCGGGCCAUACGUCUUUAUCAUCUUCAUGAUCUUACUCAUCUUCUUCUUCAUCUUCACCUUCAUCAAAGUCCCAGAAACAAAGGGCAAGACCUUUGACGAGAUCGCCCGCGAGUUUGGCGGGGCCCCCCCGCCCCCCACCACCUCUGUGGAAGCUCCUCCCACUAGUAGCAGCGUAACACUUCCUGCCUCGCCCAUCAAGGAGAAGGUCCCAUUGGUGGGAGCGGCAGCAGCAGAGGAUAAGUCCAUCUCAACUGUACAGGCGAGCUUGUAGAACCCUGUGUCAGGUCGAGGGUUAAAUUUCAGGUGUUUGGGGUCAGCAGGUUCAAAAACAGAUACAAGCUUUCUUUGGGAGUUCAGGUACAUGGGGACGAGUGAUUGAGGUGACGGGAAAUAUACUUUUCGUGUACAUGGAAAGCCACAACGCACACAUAUUUUGGUGGAAUACGGUAGCUAGGAUUUCUUUCUUUCAUGUGUAAUAUCUUUUUGGAAGUGUUCUCAAUUUAUAGGUCAAAACUAUUAUUGAAUUGUUUUGCCUUUUACUGAGUGCAUCAUCAUUUGAAGAGCAAAGUGGGCCUAGUCAAAACAAACAACCUCAAUAGGGUUUCUGGUUAAUAGUAGUUUUAAUAGUAAAACUGUAGAUUAGGGUCAAUUGCUUUUUUAAAUAACCCAAUAAUCCCAGAAUGAUCAUACAUGGCAUUUUCUUUCAACAGAUAUAUUCGUGAUCAAAAUGAUAUGCUUUUACCCUAUAUUCAAUGUAAGAAUCCACUGAUAAAGAAUCACAUUUGGAUGGUUGAUGAAGUAAGAGAGUACAUCUUUCACUUUGACUUAAGCUGCACCGUAUUAACCAAAUAGAAAUCAAUUAAAACUCCACAAUAGCUAAUAUACUCUUUAAAAAGCACUUUAAGGCAAAUUAAUUAACAUAAGUAAUCAUUUGAUAAAUAUUUACCUGAGGGAGUGCUUUUACAGCUAUAGCCUAUUAGAAAAAUACUUUAGGAUAGCGUAGAAUUGCAUUUAACUAUAUUGACUAAGGCGACUGCAAUAGAGGUUUCAAAUUAAAAAGGAUGACACUUUAUAUAAAGGAUGGGUAACAUUAAUAAAGAUAGUUAUUUUGGAUAUUAGAUUAUAAUAGAUUAUGAUAUGUGUUGUGAUGUUAUGAACUUGGAUUCGAUUAGAAUCAACCAUAGAGAACAAAGGACUCUAUUGUAUUGAGUGCAAUUUUGAAUUUUUCUGCAGUGAGAGCAUUCAGUAAAAAAAAAAAAGGAAUAUAAUUGUGACGGUUGUCUAUUCAAUGUGGAUUUGAAAUACCACAAUAGGAGUUUAGUUGUGACCAAAUGUGAGGAUUUGUACAAAAUUGCUUUUUAAUUACUCUACUUUGUGACCAUUUGUCUGACAAUUACCAUGUGGAACAUUUUUUUAAAUAGUAAUAUUUGUGUAAAGAUUUCAUUGUAUAGAUAUAGUCGAUAAAUGUUUAUUUUUUUGUGGUUGUGUAAAUGAUAUGUAGUAAAUUUUGCUCCAAGCGCAAUCACUAUUUAUUUUGCUCAGAAAGAUGACACAGG